GUGUGAGUGUGAGUUGCCGUGUGUCGACUGCAUUCCUCGAUGUGACGAGCUGCUCCUUUCCCGACCACAUCAUCGCAGCCCUUGUGUCGGGUGCUAGCAUACUGAGCACUCGCGUUCGGAAGGCCCAAAGCGGCGCAUCGAUACAAAGUGAAUUGGCAGGCGAGUCUUUCUAGGAGAAAAAGAAGAAGAAGAAGAAGAAGAAGAAGAAGAAGAAGAAGAAGAAGAAGAAGAAGAAGAAGAAGAAGAAGAAGAAGAAGAAGAAGAAGAAGAAGAAGAAGAAGAAGAAGAAAGAUUGCGAGAUGAUUUCGCCUUUUCUCUCGUUGAGCACCUCUUCCAUCUUGACUCUAUCCUACGUCGGAGGUCUUUACGUAUCGAGCAAGACGAGAGUGGGCACACUAGACGAAUCUACGGGAUUGAAGAGGACGAAAGAUGAUGCAGAUGUGGUGCGGGCUAGAUUGAAGACGAUUGGUUAUGUUGCUGCGGGGAGCGUGGUCUUGACCCUUGCCGUGCUGAGUGGAGCGGAUGAGGGCACGGAAAGAGGCAAACAUCCUCUUAUCAGGUGCAUCACCCUGCUCUCCAAGAUUGGACUUCCGCUGCCAUAUCCUUCCAUCCUCACCAACGCCUUUCCACCUCUCGACCCACCAUUGUUCUCCUUUUUGCUUACACAAGCAAAACAUGUCCUAUACGGUCUUGGCUUGACAGCAACUUUGUACUUUGGACCGCUCGUCACGUUGGCUUUGGACAAGGAGCUUCCAGGUCAAGAAAACUUCGAGUACAAGAGGGACGUGCAAAGUCGAUGGGACAAUGUCUGGGGACUGCGAAACUACGUCGUUGGUCCUCUGACAGAAGAGAUCGUCUUUCGAGGCUGCAUAGUCGGUCUGACAUCAAGCACGCGCAGCAGCACGCUCUUUCACUCCAUCUUUCUGACUCCUUUCUACUUUGCCGUAGCGCACCUGCAUCACGCUUACGAAGUCUGGGCGGAUCACCAAUACAGCACGACCGGUUUGAAAAUCGGCUUGACGCACGCUACUUUUCAACUGCUCUACACCAGCUUGUUUGGUUGGUAUGCCAAUUGGUUGUUCGUCAAGAGCGCUUCGCUCGCUCCUAGCCUCGUCGCUCAUGUUUGGUGCAACAUCAUGGGCUUGCCUGCUCCCUUCGACGAUGCUUCGCGCUUGGCUGUGCCCGACGCAAAAGAGCAAAGAAGAUUUGAAAAGGAUUUGCUCAACGUCUCAAACGAAAGGGAAAGAGCGCAUGUUCUCGACGCAUCAAAGGCAAUUCAGAGCAAGCUGAAGCGCAGAAAGUGGAUCGUGUGGACGUCUCAUGUGAUGGGAGUGGCAGGCUUUGCAUGGGCCAUCAGGAUGAGUUGAUUCGUGUUCGAUUCCAUCACGUACAGAGGCUUGCUCUGAAUCUCAUCACUGCGCCGAGACGUCCGACCAAAGCUGUGUUCAGACAAACAGCCAUGUAUUGCGUGAACGAUUUGCACGAACACUGCCCUGGAGGAAGGAUGACACCAAGCUGAUCACGCAUUUUCUGCGUCGUGCUGCUCCGCCUCUUCUUCACCUAGGGUGUCCGCCUGAGCCUGAGCCUGAUCGCCGCCCCACCAGCCUCUUAACGCGUUGCGCAGCAUGCCAAUAGGCCCCAUAUCUGCAUCAUCUCCUUCUUCCGCCUCCGCAAACAUUUCAUCGCCUUCUUCUCCAUCUUCAUCAGCAGCCUGACCAAAUGCGCCCGGAGGUU